AACUAAUUGACAUCAUGCAGAAUUUAAAAUCCUGCUUCCCUUUUUAAAAUCACAAUAAGUCCCUACCUACAACAAAUUCCCAAAAAGUGGUACUGGGUCUAUUCGUCUAUUGGGCCUGCUGGGCUGUAAUGUUUGGGCCGCGAAGUCCGUUGGGCCGAUUUUCCAACCCACCAAAGCAGAGUCUCUCCCUCUCCUCUCACAGUCUCGAACUAAGCUUGUUCAUCACUUGUGUUUGGUCGUCGUCUCCGAUUCCGUGUAAGCAAAAUGCGGCUUCAAUUGAACAACGAAAUUCGGCCUCUAAUUCUCCACCCAAUUCAAAAUUCCUUUUGUUCUUUCAAACCCACUUCCGGAAAUGCCGUUUGUUUCGAACGAAAACAGAGGAACCGCCCCCAAUUGGAUCGGCUGAGACUGAGAGUCAAAUUUCAGCGAACCCAAGACGAAGGAAUUCCGGCGGACGACGUCAAAAUCCUGGCCAAGUUCAAAUCCCGCCACAAUUUCAUCAGAGUUCUUGAAGUUUCCAGAAAAGCAGAGCACCCAUUCGCCGGUUCCAGAUUGCUCCUCCUCGACGGCCCCGGCAACAUCCACAGCAUCUCCUUCCUCUUCAAGUCGCUCACCGACACCUACUUCGACGUCUUCGCCACAUUGCCGCCGAUUCUCCCGCCGGGCCCCAUCGGGAUUCUCGGAUUCGGCGCCGGCUCCGCCGCCCGCCCGAUCCUAAAGCUGUAUCCCGAGGUCGUGAUUCACGGGUGGGAGCUGGAUCCGUCGGUAAUCGCGGUGGGGAGGGAAUACUUUGGCGUCACAAAGCUGGAAAAGGAAUACCCAGAGAGGCUGUUAAUCUACAUUGGGAAUGCUCUGAAGGCGAGCGUGAAGGGGGGAUUUGCGGGGAUUUUGGUGGAUUUGUUCUGCAAAGGGAGUUUGAUUCCGGAGCUUCAGGAUCCAACUACUUGGGGGAUGCUCGAAAGGUGUUUGAUGAAAGGCGGCAGAGUGAUGGUGAACGUGGGGGGGAGUUGCGUGGAGGCAGAGGACAGGGGGAGAGAUGGGAGAGUGGUUAUGGAGGAAACUUUGAGGGCAAUGCAUCAGAUUUAUGGGGACAAAUUGUGGGUUUUGAGACUUGGGAAUGGUGGGGAUGACAGUUCGUUGGCUCUGACUGGUGAUUUGCCGGACAUUGGCGCUUGGAAGAAAUCUCUGCCGCGUUCUUUGAGGUUCUAUGCUCAUAUGUGGACAGUGUAUAGCGCUACAGAAUCAUAACAAUUCAGAUUCUUUUGUUCUAUCUCUCUCUUAAUCCGGAUUUGUUUGGGAUGGCUUCUGUUUUAGUUGUGAAAUUACUAACAUUUUGCAAACAUGAAGAAAAUGUUGUACUUGGGUGGUGUAGGGAUGAUCUAGAUUGUUGUAAUUUUGGAAACUGAAUGUGGGGUUGGUUCAACUUGAUUACUGUUCUUCUUGA